CUUUCAGGUGCUCUCUGCCUGUAGACCAUCAAAUAGUCCGCCUGAUAAAUUUGAGAAAUACAUAUAUAAUCCCCAUAAAGUAAACUUACUGCGGCAAAAUCAAACCAAACAGAUUGAUAACAACGUACCUGUUCAGAAGCUACGAAGCGACAUUUUCCGAGCAACGAUACAUCUAUAUCUUAGCAGAAUAGCUUAAGCAGUCUACCCAUCAUGAAAGAGUGGUCGCCAAAAAGUGGCUUCGAACGCGCCGGCUUACCCAGGCGCAGCCAAAGGAUCGCUCUUCGUAGUGGCUUGCGAAGCGAUAACUCCAGCUCGAGCCAAAGUCGUAGCCGCAGUCGUAGCUCUCGUGGCAGUCGCACCCGUAACUACCAGAAUCCAUACAAUCGCCGUAUUAGUUACGUCGAAGAUGGAAGCAUUAGCCGUGGUGGUCGCGGAGACGGCCACAUUUCUGUCAACUUGAAUGUUAACAUCACGAUAGUCUCCAACGACACCGUCGGUCGACGCGAUCGAUCCCGCUAUAUUCGGCGCACUAGACCUAUUGGAGCAGGCGGCAUUCAACGUCGUGCCAUAUUAGGAAAUGAAGUUGUUCCGAUACGUCGUCCGGUGGAAGGAUUGCAGACACGUUCGAGUUCUCCGCAACCCGAAUGGAUUCUACUGGCUCUAGAAUCACCUUUAUCUCCCACUUCAAACUGCUCCUCAGACUCGUCUUGCACAAGUUCCACCAGCAGCGACUCUAACUAGAGCUCGACAGCCUCAGCUCCCAUAAACAGCGACUUCAACCAACACAAAACAACCGUCAGAUUGAAAUGAAUCCUGCCAAUCCAACUAUCCCUUCUAACAAGCCACAGGCUGCUAUUAAGACCUAUGAACGCACACAUUUCACAAGAUAUGAGCGCGAAUAAUUCCUAGAUUAGCAGCCCUAGAAUAAAGCUUACCAAAUAGUCCAUACAAAUGAAAA